AUGCGACGGUCUUAUUUGAAAGAGGGUGAGGUGCAGCUUACAGCGUUGAAUUCGUUGCUCACACAGUCACGAUACUUGUUUCUUUUUUCGGAUCUCCUUCUAGUAGCAAAACAAAAAGCUGAAAAUAGCUAUAAACUAAAGGAAAAAGUGCGUUUGGACCGGUUAUGGGUCGCCUCUAAUAACUGUCCCCACUCAUUUCUUAUUGGGUGGCCUAUCUGCAAUUAUAUUGCACAUUUUCCUUUCAGAUCAGAAGAAAAAAAAAUGGAAUGGCAGGACAUCUUAGAAGACAGGAUUCAAAAAUGUCGCGCCAAAGCGAUUCCAAAGUUCACAACCAUUCCACUUGCCGUUCGAAUUGGUGGACGCAAUCAGAUCAUGAAAAAAAAAUUGAACAUAUCACAAACAAGCAGUGAAAUACUCGCUCAGCUAGUCAGUGAACUAGGCAUCAGUCAGGAUAUUGAAUUAGAGUUAGCAUUUGACGGUGGCAAUGGAGAUGAGCCAACUGUACUACAAGGCCCAGAAGUUGUACAUUGUAUAAUAAUGGAUUUCAUUCGUACUACUGGUUAUCGACUGUCAGAGAAACAGCUUGAACGUUUGGAUACAUUUCCAUUAGUCAACUGUAAACUCGUGCUUUUCUCAUCCAAUUCUCACAAGUCAAAUGCUGCUCAAACUCUUGUCACACAUUUUAAGAGAGUUCUAAGUAGGACUGAAACAAAACGCUUUUUUGGGCGGCAGCUAGAUGGCUCAUGCCCGCCCCAACCGGUUUUAACCAUGAUGGAUCACUUGCUCGCCAACGGCGUAAAUACUGAGGGUCUUUUCCGGAAGUCUCCAAAGCAAACGACAGUCCGCUUGCUAAAGGCUCAGUUGAAUCGUGGGUCUGUGCCGGAUUUUACUCAGUUCAGCCCGCAUGUGACUGCGGCAAUUUUAAAGGAAUACCUGCGAUCAAUACCAGGAAAAUUACUCCAAACAUGCGAUUUAAAUAUGUGGAUAGCUGCAAUUGAAAGUGACGGCGCUGAACGUAUUGCUCAGAUCAAAGGGUUCCUCCAGCUGCUUCCAUCUUCGCACAUUGUGCUUUUGUCUUCAUUGCUUCGGGUCCUUAGAGCAGUAGCAAAAAGUCCAAGCUCAAAGAUGAACGCGCAGUCCUUAGCAGUUUGUAUAGCACCUAGUCUCUUGGACAGUCCAAAAGUGGAAUGUGCAGCUCGUAGAUUGCCUCAAAUAGCUGAAUGGCUAAUACUCAAUGCGCCAUUACUUUUCGACGAUUUCACGGACGCUCAGUGUGAUAUGUCUUCAUCAGCUUCAAAUGACUCAGGUCUAUCUGACGUUGAGGCAGGUGUGGAAGCAUCUGCAAGCCCUGAAUUUACAGAAACCUACAUAAUCAGUACGCCUGCGUCAUCUGUUGGUUCGGCGAAUUCUUCACCUGCAAUACGGUGCAAAGUUCAGGAGCUCAAAAUGUCACCACCAAGUUACUGUAGUAGUAACUUGUCGACAGAUGAUGAGCUUGAUGUGUGCACCGAGAUCGAAAAGGAUGAUGAAGAUAGAACGCCAGUUUUAUCGCGUGAAAACUCUAGCGUUGAAAAAAAACCGAUUGCCUAUAUUGAAUGGAAACCAGCAAAACGCGAACGGUUCUUGGAGAAUAGUGACAGUGAUUCCAAAUGGAAAGAAAAUAAAGUGCUGAAACGACGAGAAACCGUUGGUGCUCUUUGUAGAACACCAAAAGCUGCUGGGGAAGACGAAUUCCACAAUUUGACCUCCUUAGUUCAGCACUGUCGUGCAAAGCUUUCUAUGUCUAUAACGCCAAUUAUUUCUUCUGAAGAUGAUUGCAAGAUUGCCGUCAAGAGUUUACCUGUUAUUCCUGUUUAUGUUGAAAGAGUUACUGCGGACAACGAUAAUAAUAAGAAUGCAGUUUUUAAAUCUGAUCACCCAAAACUACAGCUUGCAAAACCCUUUGAUGAAGACUUCAUCGUCACUCCUAACGCACAAAAAGCUAUUGCUUAUCAUCAGUCCGAAAAAAUUAAAGUUAAUGACACAAAACUAAGUGAACAUACCAGGAAGGCUGUGCAGCUUUCAGGUGCAGAAAAACCACCCGGCGUUGAAGGAAAUCUUUCUCCAGUAUCUGAAGAAAGGUCUCAACCAAUUUUAAAGAUAACAGUAGGCAGCAUAAAAAAACCACAUCUAAAAGUGGCUUCGCAAGAAGGAAACAAAAAUUCUUGUGACUCCGAAUACGGCUCUGGCUUCAGGCAAAAGAAGCGCGAGCAUAACAGAAUUAGUUUACCAACAUCGUCAGCGCCCUGUAGGACAGAUUCAAGCGCAAACAGUCUUACUCACUCUCCUAAAGUUGACUUUCGAGUUACCAGCGGUAGUCCAGCAACAGUAAUACAACAUCCAAUUGCUGUAACAAAAUCUUUGCCUUGUAAUCUUAAAGGCCAAUAUUCGGACAUUAGACAGUGGCCAUCAACUUCGAAGGCGUACGAAGAAUUUGUCAAUGCGGACGCGAAAGCUACUAACGAGGAUGACAGCGUCCCUGCCUGUUCUGCUAGAAGUCCUGAUAGUUCUAAAGCGCUCAGCGCAAAUUCAUUUAAAUCAAUAAUAGCUGAAAGUAAAGUAUCUCCAAAAGCAACAAGGAAAAUGACUCCAGUUUUGCAACGCUUAAAGAAUAGAUCUUCUGGUAUAUCUGUUAACCAAGUACAAGUACAACAAAGCUCAAAUACUGCACAGUUAGAAGUGGAUUUUGAUGUUAAGAUUCGAAAUGAUGAAACAUCAAAGAAUAAUAUAAGGCAUACGGCAUUUACAAGUGCCAGUGUACCAUCGCCAUCGUCUUCUUUGACAAUUAAUCUGCCGUUAUAUCGACCGACAGAAGAUAAAAACAAAACACAAGAUACAGCAAAGUCGAUUUUUGCUGAACGUAAUAACGCAUUGAUUUCUACUCCAGGUCCUGAAAAACAACUAUCAAAUGGAACUUCUGGAAAGCAUAUUUUAUUGCACCGAAUCAGUGCACAACCAGAGAGAAAUAACGCAUUGGGACAAGACAGAAAUGACGGUUCCCGGAAGGAACGGAAGAAAAACCGAAGCAUCUUAAUGGAUCCACUGGAAGUUAAUUGGUCUGUUGAUGAGCUACGACAGAAGUUUCAAGCUGAAGGCGGACCGCCAUCACUAAACACCGAAUACAGCCCAACUGUACUUCAUUGA